AUGAGGAAUUGGGCCGCUCAGAGUCCUCAGUUACGUUUCCCCCAGUGGGCAUACUGCCCUGCAGGAAUCCUGGGCGAAAUCAAGCAUUCUCCUAAAUCCAUGUGCAAUCUGCGACGCGUGUGGGAUGCCGUCGUCCGUGAUUACUGCCUUGGUAUUAAAGUGCAAAAUCCGCGAUUCUCAUCGACCGUCCUACCUGAACAGAUUGCGCAGGUCCCAGAGAUGGGUAGCAGAAUCGCUGUGACCCUGAGCGUCUUUGCAGCUAUCGCAGCCGUAUUGGGACAACGAGAUAUACCUACAGGACCAUUGUCUGGCCUCGCCGCUACGACACCUACAACCCCACCGUCGAAAUUGAUCGGGAGACUUCCUGCUUUAGGAUGGAACUCUUGGAACGCCUACCGAUGUGACAUCAAUGAGGCUAAGAUUAUUGCUGCCGCGACCCAGCUCCUUUCACUUGGCCUCAAGGACGUUGGUUAUGAAUACGUCAACAUCGAUGACUGCUGGGCGGAGAUGCAACGUGAUCCAUUAACAAAGCGUUUAGUCCCCGAUUCGAAGAAAUUUCCCGAUGGCAUCAAGAGCGUCGCGGACAAGGUUCACGCGAUGGGCCUUAAAUUCGGUAUUUACAGCGAUGCCGGGUUCGCGACGUGCGAGAAGUAUCCCGGUUCAUUGGGAUACGAAUCAAUCGAUGCGGAGACAUUCAACGAAUGGGGCGUAGACUAUCUCAAAUAUGAUAAUUGUAAUGUUCCAGCGAACUGGACCGACACUAGCACUGUUGUAGCGUACGGGUCUUUGGUGGCAACUAAUAAUCGGCGAACAUUCAGCCAUUCUAAUUCAGCUAUCCGUUACCGCCAAAUGGGACAUGCCCUGGCCUCUCAGCCUCGACCUAUCGAGUUUGCCAUCUGUAGCUGGGGUGAAGGACACGUCUGGGAAUGGGGUUCCCGGGUGGGACAUUCAUGGCGAAUGACGAAGGAUUCAAGGCCGCAAUGGAGCUUCGUCAAGUCCUUCAUUGAGACGAAUGUCGCGCACCUCUCGAAAACAGAUUUCUUCGGCCACAACGACAUGGACAUGAUGGAGACUGGGAACGGUGACCUUGACCUCCCUGAGCAGCGGACACACUUCGCUGCAUGGGCGUUUCUCAAGAGCCCAAUUCUCUUAGGAACUGAUUUGAGCGCCUUGUCCUCUGAACAAGUCGGCAUAAUUAAGAACAAGGAGCUCCUCGCGUUUAACCAAGAUGCUAUAGUUGGAACUCCUGCUCUCCCAUUCGUCCCUUAUUCAAGCGCACCCACGACUUCGCCUCCCGAAUACUACGUAGGGCGCUCAUCGAAAGGCGUUCACGUCUUUGUUAUCAACAUGUCGUCGUAUAAACGCACGAUGCAGUUCUCCAUAGCCAAUGUCCCGGAACUUUUGCCGGCCGCAGACUAUCGUAUCCAUGAUAUGUGGACAGGCGCGGACCAUCUCACGACAUAUACACACAACUCGACGGUUGCGGCGACGCUAGCUGCACAUGAUACUGCCGCAUAUCUCAUCAAUUCUGUACGGCCGUGA